AUGCAGUACAACGCCAUGAGCGCCCAGGAGGUGAUUCGGCUUGAAAAAUCGGUUGCUAACGCAGGAACACAGCUUUAUACGGUUGCAACAAAACUUAGCGAAGUCGAACGAAGCCUUGAUAACACAAGUGCCGAAGACAUAGAUGAUGUGUGUGUUAUGGAACUCCUUGAAUCAAUGACCGAAGUGAAAAAUGAAUAUCAAAACUUACGCAAGGACAUUCAAGAAGUGCAGCAACUUCAGAAGGAUGUAACCACUUCAAUACGCUUUCAAAUGCGUACCAUGCAUCAGACAUUUAAAAUGUUAAAAAAACGUAUAGAAGCUGAUUGCUUGAUUGUGUCGACGCUCAGAUGUCCAAGGCGCUUGUGCCAUCUUUCAAUGCUAGGACUGACUGAAACAUUCACAAUAUCUGAAUGA